ACCCAGCCACAGCCCGCCAGCAAACAUACGCCACACAUCUUAGCGCCACAAUUCGAGCUCCCGCCCGCAUCAUCGUAGGCAGGCGUUCUGACGAAGCUCCACUGCCUCAGCUCGUCCUCGCAGCAAUCGACCUCCCGACAUUCAACUUCCUACAUUCAUCGUCAAUACUGCACCACGAUAUCAGCGUGACACAAGCAGAACUUGACAUCACCGGUCGAAAUCAACGAAACGACCACUAGAAUCGCCCAUCAUGGCCUCCGGAUACGACAGAGCUCUGUCGGUCUUCAGUCCCGACGGUCACGUCUUUCAAGUCGAGUAUGCUGGCGAAGCCGUGAAGAGGGGAACGUGCGCCGUCGGCGUCAAGGGAAAGGAUGCCGUCGUCCUCGGCUGCGAGAAGCGCUCGGCCAUGAAGCUCCAAGACACCCGCAUCACACCUUCCAAGAUCCAACUUCUCGACAACCACGUCGCGCUCGCCUUUGCGGGCCUGAACGCUGAUGCCCGAAUCCUCGUCGACAAGGCCCGCUUAGAGGCCCAGUCACACCGUCUCUCGGUGGAAGACCCCGUUACGAUCGAUUACAUCACAAAGUACGUUGCUGGAGUGCAGCAACGAUAUACGCAGGCUGGCGGUGUCCGGCCCUUCGGCAUCAGCACACUAGUUGUUGGCUUCGACAAGAACAGCAAAAUCCCCAGACUGUACCAGACGGAGCCGUCGGGCAUCUACUCGGCAUGGAAAGCCAACGCUAUCGGCCGUUCCAGCAAGACUGUCCGCGAGUUCCUGGAGCGCAACUACAAGGACGACAUGGAGACCGAGGCUACGAUCCGCCUCGCCAUCAAGUCGCUACUAGAGGUGGUCCAGACGGGCGCCAAGAACAUUGAGAUUGCGCUCAUGCUACCCGGAGAGGAGAUUGAAAUGUUGCCAACGGACGAAAUCGAGGAGUACGUCAAGGAGAUUGAGCAAGAGAAGCAGGAAGAGGCUGCCAAGAAGAAGACCGGCCGGGCGGGAGCUGGCAGCGCAGCGCUGCCCACGCGCGGGCAGGACGACGCGGCCGCGUAAUAGGGCAAUAGACGAAAAGUCAUGAUAGACAA